AUGACCUUUGACUAUGAGGCUAAUCCAAUCGCCACGCCUCAAAUAUCGCCCACGAGCUGGGAAAUAUCGCAGAUGCUGGGAGAAGAAGACUUCGACCAUUCUUUCUUCUCUCUGCCACUGGACGUAUCGACCGUGUCUCUUGCGCUCACCGACGAAGCGCCCAUGCCUGCGUCUAUGUCGAUACCCACGCAAAUACAAGCACAAACACAAACACAGACACAAACAAAAGCAGUGCAAAAGCAGUCAUCACCACCACCGACCAUCCCAAGAGGGCUUCCUUUUCUGAUCGAGGGAUUGGAUUCGCCAGUGCGGCAAAGACUAUUCAAGCACUUUACCGACACGACCUCGUGGGUGCUGACCACUUCGACCACGGAAAACAACCCGUUCCUCAACAAGAUCGUGCCUCGAAGUCUGCACGACCCGAUGAUUCGCGAGGCCCUUCUCUGCAUCUCGGCAUCACACCUGACGAAACUACAAGACAACCAGGACGUUGACAUGGAGGCCGAGAAGCGACGGACAUUGGAGGCGGCCGAGCAGGAGCAGGUGGCACGGCUGGAGCUGCUCAAGACGGCCAAACAUCCGCAUCCGACAGGAACGUCGCCGAAGCGGCCGGAUCUGGAUUUGGAGGCCAUGCUGAUUGCCGCGCUUCUCUUGUGUCUCUACGAGGUGUCCGAGGGCACCGGGGACAUUUGCUGGCGGAUUCGACUGGACACGGCUCGACAUCUAAUCAAUUCCGACGUACAAAGCCUAAACGAACUCGCCAUCGACCAAUUCCUCCUCGAGUUCUUCUGGUACCACGACGUGCUGGCGCGGGUGACGGACCCAGGUCCGACGAGGCAGCCACUAGAUGCUGGAUGGGACGACCUCUUCUCCAGCCUGACUCUGACCUCGUCGAGCGGCCGGACUCCCGCGCCGGAAAGCCACACGAUCGGGGCGUACGACGGGCUCCUGCACAUGGUGGCCAAGCUGUCGGCGUUGCAGCAGAAGAUCCACGACGCCGACGGCGCGCUCGACGGCAUGCUCAUCGCCGAGGCCAUCGAGCUGUGGUCGGAGCUCGACCGGUGGCAGCCCAACAUCCCCACGGGCCACGACGACCCCAAGCAGGAGCGGCUGGUGUGUUCGGCCUACAUCUCGGCGCUGUUCGUGUGGCUGUUCGCCCUGGUCUACCCGACCGACAUCACCAACCCGCGCGUGCAGCAGGUGGUGCGCGACGGCCUGGCCCACCUCGGCCAGAUCAACUAUCUGCGCAACAUGGCCGUGCUGCUCUUCCCGGUCUUCGUCCUCGGCUUUGCCUGUGUCGAUCGCGACACGCGCGCCCAGAUCGAGUCCCAUUUCCAACAGCUGAUUGCUUUCAGCGGCUUUGGGAACGUGCGUUUGGCUCGCGACGUCGUGCGCCAGUGGUGGUUCGACUACGAUAGCGGCAACGGCCAUUCUUGGAGUUGGAGACAGCGCAUGGAGUUGUACGGCACGACUUUGCCGUUGACAUGA